AUGCCACUCGGCAUCUACCUCGAUACUCCCCAAGGCCGCAAACCAGCUACAUUACCAACACAUUUUAGUUUACAUGAUUUUCAAAGCUUAAUACGAAAGAAAGUUGGUAAUCCUGACCAUUAUGAUUAUUCACUAGGUGGUGUCAUUUUCCGUACAUGGAAUGAAGAAGCUUUUAAUCGUCAACGAAGUGCUAUUCGUGAUGGCAUUAGUCUUAUUAUACAAUAUCCGCCUGUUAUAUUAGAAAAAUCUUCUGAAGAUGGUCCUGCUUGGAGACGAGCAUCAGUAGGUUUAUGUCUUGAUGGUGUCUGUUUAAAUGCCAAAUGUCAAGCUUUUGAACAUAAAGUUAUUAUGAAUCAAGGCAUUGGUCAACAAAAAGUUGUAGCUAACUCUACUGUUAUUACUUCACAAUGUCCAUUGUGCGGGACAACUGUUCAACCAACGACAUGUGCGUUUAAUCAAUGUUCAUGGCGAUUAAUAGGCACGAAACGAGAUGAUUCAAGUACACCGUCUUCGUCUACCAUAACUACCGAGUGGCAUGAUUCAACAAAUGAAUAUCAUCGAUGGACAGAUAGUUUCUCAGCAUGGUCACAAUUGACCAUUGAAACCAAGAAAUAA